CAUGGGAAGAGCAAUUCUCACGAUCUUUUUACUAACGUGCCUUUUGAUAAUUUGGAAUGUAGAAGCUGCCAAUGGAAAGCAACGAUACGAUAAUUAUGGAGUGUACAGGAUUGAUAUUGAAACACAGGAACAACUAGCCUUACUGCAACAGUUGGAAUCUACACGCAAUGAGUUGAGAUUUUUAGAUUAUCCGGCACAAGUGAACAUGAGCGUUGAAGUGGCAGUACCUCCCACUAAUGCGAAGACCAUGAUGGAGCUCUUUAACAUGCACAAAAUGCACACUACGCUGCUGACUAGUAAUUUACAGAAGGUCAUCGAUGAAGAACGUCCGGUUCGUCGUAAAAAACAGGGAGAAUUCGGUUGGGAGGACUACUAUACACUGAAUGAAAUUUACGAGUGGAUCGAUACGAUGGUUCAGCAGUAUUCGACAGUACUCACAGUGAAUUCGAUCGGUCGCACAUAUGAAAACCGGGACAUGAAAGUCAUUAAGCUAUCGUAUAAAUCGGGUAACCAAGCCAUCUUCAUCGAAGCCAACAUCCAUGCACGAGAGUGGAUUACUUCGGCUACGGUAACAUGGAUACUAAACGAGUUGCUCACAUCGGAAGAACCUAGGGUACGCUACUUGGCCGAGAACUACGAUUGGUACAUCGUACCCGUCUCUAAUCCGGACGGUUUCGAGUAUAGCCACACUUCGGAUCGUCUGUGGCGUAAAACACGAAACCAACACAAUCUGCUUUGCUAUGGAACGGAUCCGAAUCGGAACUUUAACUUCCAGUGGAACAAUGGUGGAACCUCUACGACACCCUGCUCGGAUACGUACUCGGGACCGGAACCCGAAUCAGAGGUAGAAGUGAGCAACAUUUCGAACUACGUUAAGUCCGUUGCAGCCGGGGUGAAACUGUUCCUUUCGAUUCACUCACGCGGGCAGCUGAUUCUGUGUCCUUUCGGCUACAGUAAUGCACCAAGGGCUCACAAUUACCGGGAUCUAAUGCAAAUCGGUCAACGAGCUUCGGUCGAUAUGUAUAAGGUGCACAACAAACCGUACCGUGUUGGAACCACAUCCGAUGUGUUGUAUGUUGCGUCGGGCAUUGCCGUCGAUUGGGCGUUCGCCGUAGGAGGUAUCCAGCUCGCGUACACGUUCGAGUUGCGCGACCAAGUCGAAUUUGGGUUCAUUCUUCCUGCCGAGCAAAUUGUUCCCAACGCCCAAGAGCUUUUGGAGGGAUUCAUUGCAAUCGUCGAUGAGGCCAAAGUGCUGGGCUACAUGUAACUCUUAUCUAGAUACAAUAAACAUAGCAAAAGCGAUAAAGCUUAACUGUUAUCUAAUCGCGAAGUCUUGCAUUCGUAAUCGAGGGACAGCAUGAUCAUAGCCGAAGCUAUAGCUAACAUGAUAGUAUUGUACCAUCAUGAGCCAUCCCUGUCUGGUGUAGGGAUAGAAAAAGUAAAUCUACUCCCAUAGUAGAACGAGAAGAAGCAAGAAACAAGGAGAUUAAUUGAUCACUCAAGGAGCAAGGCAAGAUAGA